AUAUUAAUACCAAAAAAAAUAAUAAAAUAAUAUUAAAUUAAAAUCAGACUAAAAUUAAACGUGAGUUCUUCAGUGCAAUAUUUUUAAGUUACAAAAAAACAAAAACAAAUUGAUUCGCCAUAAUGUCACGCGUAUCGGUCUUACUCAUACUCUUAUCACUGGUCAUUAUCAACUCCGGCGACAGCAAUCACAGCAGCAGCAACAACAAUCACAAUUAUAGCAGAAUUCAUACAUUUCCUCAGCCAUUCAGCAGCGCCAACAACACGAAAAUCGUCAAUCAUCCAGUUUCUAGUUCAACAAGUGCGGCAAACAAUGGCGAAGAAACACGCGCACAACAACAGCAGCAACAGCAACCAACUCAUCAUCUGCAGCAAAAACAGCAGCUUGCGCAGCGCGACAAAAGAGCUACUGGCGACUUUCAGUUGGACGAGGCGGAAAUCGCACGCCAAAAUCAAAUAACACAACAAAUAUUCGCCAAAUAUUUAGAACGACGUCUGUUCCCGAAUCGCAGCACAAACGAACGCAUACCGACCAUUUCGGAAAUACUACCCAAACCAUCCUCCUCUACGACGCCACGACCACGACCGCGCGGCUUCUCCUCUGCGAGGGAUUUUCACAAUUUUCGACGUGGUGUUGACACACAGAAAACGAGCGGUCGCAAACGAUAUGGUAACACUAAUCUAAAGCAAAGGCAACGACAGCGUGGCGGUAGUAACAGCCACGGCGCACAUCGCCAGCAAUUAGUUGUUGAACCUGAAGAGGAGGAAGAACAAGACGCAGAACCAACGGUACAGCAGAGUACCGAGUAUUAUACGGAUAUCAAUGCCGAAGCCGAUGAAGUGGCCGAUGAUGGUCAAGAGUCACUGCAAAGUGUCGAAUCCGAGCAACACGAUCACUACUAUAGUGAUGUGUUUAAUCGUGAUCCCAGCGAAAAUGAAAUUGAUAGCGAUUGUCCGAACUGUGUGGACGAGUCUCAAUACAAUAACAAAUGGACAAUGCCGUUGCUCAAACUGGGCGAGAAGCGUUACUACCUCGGCAUCUUCUUCAAGGCGAAUUGGUUCAAAGCUUCACAAUAUUGCCGCUAUCACGGCAUGCACUUAGCAAGUAUUGCAUCACAAGAAGAGAAUGACAGACUGGAAAAACACAUACGCGACUUUGCAGGUUUGGGUCACGAACACUUCUGGACAUCUGGCACUGACUUGGCCGAUGAGGGCAACUACUUUUGGAUGGCCAAUGGUCGGCCCAUUACAUUUACGAAUUGGAAUGCUGGCGAACCGAAUAAUUUCCGUUAUGAGAAUGGUGAAGAGGAGAAUUGCAUGGAGUUAUGGAAUCGUGAUGGCAAGGGUCUGAAGUGGAAUGAUUCGCCGUGUAGUUUUGAAACGUAUUUCGUGUGCGAAGUGCAGGCAAUUUAAUGAACACAGGGCGUUAAUUGACUGAAGCACAAACCAAUAAUGUUAUAAAUAAACAAGAACAACAAUAAAAUAACAAACGACAAUUGCAAAGUUGUCAAAUGUCUGCAGUGGAGCUAAGCAUAAUAACUUAAGGAAAUAGCGUACUUUUUUUGUGUGUGCGUGUGGGUGGUGUGUGGGGCACCGCAAAUGCGCACGCAUAAGCACUAUAUUGCAAAAUUUACAUAAUUUCUUAAGCAACGGCACUCUUGGUGAUUGUGGUGAUUAGGGGCACGUGUGGCAAGCACAAGCGGCUUAAGUAUUUGCGCUUAAUGGCAGGGUGAAAAACAAACAAAGGCGAUAAUUUUAUUUUGAGCAUGUUUAAAAAAAAAAUAUUUAAAAUGUUAAAAAUUUGAUUUUUGAAUUUUUAGAAAUUUUGUUAUUUUGAAAUUUU